CUGCAGCCAUUUUGUGUCCACUCCUUUUUUGACACGUCAUCGUUUAAGGGUGGCAACAAAAUGGCGGACAAAUCCGGACGUCGGGCUGGCAGCGCUAAAUCCUUUGAAGACGAGAUUUAACGAUUUUGCCUAAAGUGCAUAUUAGAAAUGUUCCUAUAGUAGAUUAUCAUUAGGUGUACAUUGCUUGUAUGAGGUAGUUUAUGAUGCACUUUUCAGACUUGUCUGUUACACAGUUUAUUCCCUUUAUUUAGCCCACACAUGUUGUUCCGUGUCACAGAGACCAGAUAUGUCAAAAGAACAAGCUGUGUGUCUCUCCCAUGAAUGAGGGGUGAAAGUAGGUUACAGCUACGACCACAAUAACUCACUGACCUCAGAAGGUACCUCGGCGGACGAAAGCAGUAGAGGAACUGGUGCAUUUCUUUAACUCAAUAAAGCAUGUGUAAAGUGUAGAUUCGUAAGAACAAAAUGAUUUACACUUUUAUGUUGUAAUCCCUGUGCUUCAUUGUAUUGAGUAGGUGACACGUGGGCGGGAAGGUUCACUUUCAAGUUUCUGUUUCUUAUGAACAGUAUUCAUCACACAUAUACAUAUUUUAGUGUCUUUAAAACAAAAUGCAAGAAAAUGUUUAAUAUACUAGCCACAAGCCACACCAAAAUCCUAUCAAAUGAAAAAAAUCCACCACUUCCUCAAAGCUCUCAACUUGCAGACGCUCAUCUUGAACUGCAAUUUAAAUCACAUACAUUUCCCUGCAAAUGGAUCCUUAUGAUCAGUCCUGGCGUGCAAAGCUGAAGUUUGCGAGCGACUUUUACACCUCGGGGUGACGCGCGUGACGGAGUCGCGCGCCAGAGUGCCCGUAGGACAAGCUCGUGCACGUCGGAGUGGCUUGCUGCAGGACGCAGGCUGCAGAACUUUCCAAUCAGUUGCUGGUGUUAUGAUUGUGGUUUUUCUUUCGAUGGGAGCUGAGUUAAUGAGUAAUAACUGACCCAGAUGCCACCCAGGGAGAUUAUUUCCGGUACGGUUAACGGCAUCAUCCUCAUUUCAUUCAACUGUUUCCCAUCAGCGCGAGACCCUGUAACCACCUGCAUGAUGAACUCAAACCACUGAAGUCAUUUGCAAAUUUUCAACAAAAGCCCCAAAUGGCCUCUAUGGAUGGGAAACGUGAGGUUUGCAGCCCCUUCAUUCCACGGCGCAACGCACUGAGGAAAACAAGUGCGGAAAUUGUCAGUGAAGCCAGACAGUCCCUCCGGGUCCAGUCCACCCGGCGACCAUUCACGCCCAGAGAUGGGCACCGGCAACUUUUUGGAAAGAGCUAUGUUCGCGCCGACCGCGACAGCAGGCCACCGUCUGCCUUCAGUCUUCAUGCUCAAAAUUUUGAUGCACCCGAUUCGAGGCCGGGUUCAGGGACACGCCUCUCACCUCUAGACCAUAAGCCAAAGUUUCCCGUCCUCUGUGAUGCUGAGGAUCCAUUCAAGUCCUUUCCCAAAACCCCCAGUGCCCCGCUGGAGGUGAAGAAAGGGCCGCCAGGGAUGCGGGCGCGCCUCCUCCGGACUGGAUCUCUCACCGCAUUGACUCCUACAGAGGGACACAAGCAGAGUGACAACAAAUAUGGCUGUAAAGAACAAUCUUAUCCAAGUCCAGGACAAAAGCAGCUGCCAGCUAAACGACCCCCCGGUACAGACAAAACCGAGGGCCGCGGUGGCCCCCACAAACCGGGCCCCCGCAGAACGGCAAGUGAAAGUAGAAUAACGCAGCCGGGUGUUGACUCAGGCGAUGGACUCACUGAGUGCACUGCAGGACGGAAAGCAGAGCAGGGGAACAGAGACAUCACAAUGAGCCCAGAGGAGGAUGCAGAGUCAUCGGUGUGGAAUAAUAUGAUUGCUCCUCGUCUCCAACAACUGGAGAGUGUGGCUGCAGGCGGCUCGGAGGGCUCGGUGGACCGACUGUGUGAUUUGUGUGACGGCCUCCGCGGCACCUUGGCAGAGGCGGACAUGCUCGGCCGACGCUGUAAGAGGAGGUCGGGGAUACUUCGAACGCUGUUCCGCCUCAUCGACCUCGACUCCGCGCAGCUCAACCUGCACAUCGCUGAGCUCUGCCUCGCCCUGUGUGUCAGUGGAAACAACCUGCUUAACAUCUGUAAGCUCAUCUUCCAGAUCAGCCGGAGGGAGAGCAACGACAUCCUUUUCCAGAACAGCUCUGUCAUAGACUCCUUUCUGGGCAUUUUGAGCAACGAAGAUGUGUCCACAUCUGGAGAAGCUCUGCUGUACUGUGUUGGGACUCUGAAAUUCCUUUCAGGAAACUGUGCGAUCCUUAGACUCCUGCUGGAGAAGAACUGCGUCGGGGCGGCUCAGAAACUCAUCCAGAGGCUGUGCACAGCUGCCGACACCGACUUCACAAUAGCAGGACACAUCCUCGUCCAGCUAACAGCCACCUUGAGGAACCUCGCAGAUCACCCUGAUUCCCGUCCAUUGUUCAUCUCCUUCUCCAUACUGUCGGAGCUCUGCGUGGUGCUGAGUAAUCACCGCGAGGACCCGGACAUCUGCACCAACGUUUCCAGAAUAUACAGUAAACUCUCCUCUUAUUCGGAGUGCCGCCUCGCUCUGGCCCAGACCCCCAACUGCUACCAACUAUUUUUAGAACUGCUGAACAAACAUCACCAAAAACAGGAUCUUGUUGUGCGCCUUCUCUUCACCCUCGGGAACCUCGCGGCCGAAAGCGACGAGGCUCGAUGGCGGCUCUUCCAGUGCGAGGGCUGCGUGGACUCGCUCCUGCAGCUGUACGACACCUACCAGCGGAGGGACGACUCGCCACACACGCAACCGCGGAAAGGUCCCCCUCGGGCCCCUCCAGGGACAGUGCAGCAGGACGAGGACGUGCUGGUAAAGCUGGUCCGGGUGCUGGCCAACAUGUGCAUCCACCCGGCUGUGGGUCCGGCGCUGGCAUCCAACGCAACCUGCAUCCGGCUGCUGAUGGAGACGCUUGAGCUGAGGUGUGUGCAGGAAAGCGAGGAGCUCUUGGUGAAUGUGGCUGCCACCAUCAACAACCUGUCCUUCUACCGGGAGGACAGCUCUGUAUUGAGACGCAGUCAACUCCCCAUGGCAAAGCUGAUGUUAAAGUUGGUGCUCAGUUCCAGCAUGGACGCCAUGCUUGAGGCCACCCGUGUGUAUGGAAAUGUGUCACAGUCCAAGAACGUACGGGACUUUAUCAUGCAAAACAAAGUGCACCAGUUUGUAGUGACACUGCUCGACUCAAAAAGCACCGAGAUGUGCAUUGCAGCCUGCGGGGUCCUCACCAACUUGGCUCAAGACCCUCCCAACAGGGCCAGCCUCUCCGGGGAGGGAGCAAUAGCCAAGCUUGUGGACUGUCUGAGAGACUUCGGGCCAGGUGAUUGGCAGCUGGUGAGCCAGGUUUGUCAGGCGUUGUGGAACAUGAUCGGCUGUGGGCCGGAGAAGCUGCUGGACACACGGGAGAGAGAGUCACUGCUGAAGAUCCUCACCACAUAUUUAGAUGAGGAGGCGGCUCUGAAGUGGAUAGAGGAUGACGACGUGAGGGACUUCCACAGGGCAUGCUGGGAGUUCGAGUUCCUUCCAGUCGCUCAGAAACUGAUGAAGACGCUUCAGCCUCCGGACCAGACGGCGUGACGAGAUGGGACGUUAAGAGUCUUGUGUCGUCAUAGAGGUUUUAUCACGGUUCCAAACUCAAACCCGGUCGAUACUAACGGUUGAAAACUCACCUCCCGCAGCUGUAAGGGGCUGGGGUUUGUUUUUAAAGGGUGAAGCAAGAAAUGCAAGUCACAGUGAAUUAUGUUAGGCCUAAAAAAAUAACAUCUCACACAACUGCUGCAGCGAAAUUCCCUUCUAAUCCGUCCGGCCACAUGCUCGAUCUCCUGUGACUGUUGAUGGUAUUUAACAUGACACAACAAAUAAGCAGGGAAAAUCUUUUUUUUUUGUCUAAUUAGUGUAGACUUUAUAAAUAGGAUAUUUAUUAAUGCACUUUAAUUCCAGUAAAGCUUGCAAAAGCUUUCCAUCUCUGGGUACGUUCACAUGUACAGGGAUCAUUUAAAACAAGCUCUUUGCACUUUUAUGUAACAGACUUGAUCCGCUUUGUGAACUUGCUGUGUUGUAAAGGCUCUAUGUGGUUUUGAAAACAGCUGACUGACCUAGAAUAAUGUCUGUACAUUGUGUGACAUUGGAACUUGUACAUAAUAAAGCAGAAGUAGGUGGGAAAACA